AACAACUCAUUCGGAAAAAUCCAAAACUAGGAAACCUUUCUCCUUUCUAAUAAGGCUAAUAAGGUAAGCUUUCAAGCCGCCGCCCUUCACUAGAAGGAGCGGGCGCAGUGAACUGUAAUUGUGAAAAGAUUGGAAGAUCAGGCCAAAGAAGGUGAUAGCCCUGUAGAUUCGUUCCCAUGGUUCGAUCCUUCCCAGUAAAACGCGGCGUGUUCGAAUUCUGAUCAUCAUUCUUUCAGUUCCUCCUAUUAUCUAUAACUUUGUAUUUUUAUUUACGAGUUUGUUCUCAUGCAUUUCCUUUGUUCUUAAUCCCAGGCCCCUCGCCUAUCAGCUCUCACACCUCCCAGUCAUCCAUGGCAGAAACUAUUGAACCAAGAGACAAUCCUGACCACAGGGCUAAAUCAAAUGACCCAGGGUGGAAAUAUGCCUUUUGGCCAGACCUCACAAACAAGGAUGCAAUUGAAUGCAAGCUAUGUGAUAAGGUUUUGCGUGGAGGAAUCAAGAGAUUGAAGCAACAUCUCAAAGGUGGUUAUGAUGACACUACAAUCUGUCCAAAAACUACAACACCAAUUAGGCAAGAGAUGGGAAAUUAUUUGUUAGCUAAUAAGAGAAAUAAGACUUUGAUAUUGAAUGAAGAUGGCCUUGAUGGUGAUGAUGAGGGAGAAGUAAGGCUGAGAUCAAAUGUCUCUUCUGCAGAAUCUGUUCACCCUAGCUCAGGAACAUCAAUGAAAAGGAAGAAGGCGAUGUUCACAAUUGCAUCACCACCACCACCAAAACAAAACAAGACAGUUGUGGCAAUGCUUCAAAAGAGUCCUGAAGAAGUUGUUGCAGAACGGCAUGCUAAAGGCUCAACACAACAAACAUUGGAAGAAUGCACACGAAGUAAGGAAGAGAAAGAUCGGGUGUAUAUGCACAUAGCCAAUUUUUAUUUUGAGAAUGGCAUACCCUUCAAUGCAGCAAACUCUAGAAGCUUUGAAAUCAUGAUUGAGUCCAUAGGCCAAUAUGGUCCCGGACUUAAACCUCCGUCAAGUUAUGAGCUGCGGGUUCCUCUUCUCAAAAAAGCUAAAGAAGAGACAAAAAAGUUACAAAAAAAACAUGAGAUAGCUUGGAAAGAGACAGGAUGCACUCUUAUGUCUGACGGGUGGUCCGAUCGAAAGGGAAGGCAUUUGAUUAACUUUCUUGUUAAUAGCCCGGUUGGAACUUUUUUCUUAGAAUCUAUUAAUGCAUCAAGUGAGUCGCACGAUGCAAACAUGUUGGCCGGCUUGUUGGAAAAGCAGAUUGAGAAAAUUGGGCCAAACAAUGUUGUUCAAGUCGUCACAGAUAAUGGGUCCAACUACAAGGCAGCAGGGAAAUUACUAAUGCAAAGGUAUCCUAAAUUAUACUGGACGCCUUGUGCUGCUCAUUGUUUGGACCUCAUGCUUGAAGACAUUGGUAAAUUGAGUGAUUUCAAGGGCCAGAUUAUUAAUGCAAAGCGGGUCACCACAUUCAUCUACAGGCAUGGUCGAUUACUCGAUGCCAUGAGACAGAAAACAGGUGGGAGAGACCUCGUGAGGCCUGGCAUUACAAGAUUUGCAACAUCUUUUCUCACCUUACGCUGUAUGUACAUACAUAAAGAUGCGUUGAGAGGCUUGUUUGUGUGCGAGGAUUGGAACAGGUCUAAGUUGGCCAAAACAGAGGCUGGGAAAAGAGUUCAAGACAUCGUGCUUUCAACUCGAUUUUGGAAUACAGUUGAGGAUUGCAUACGUGCAUCGCAACCACUUCUUGUUGUGUUGAGGAUUGUAGACGGUGAUGAAAGACCAGCUAUUACAGAGGUGAUGCCAGCAAUGGAUAUGGCAAAAAAGAAGAUCACAGAGGCUUUUCAAAACAAGAAAGUGUUGCUAAACAAAAUGAUUACUAUUAUUGAGGAUUGUUGGCAAGAUCAGAUGGGGCAGAAAUUGUAUGGGGCUGCUCUGUUUUUAUGUCCUAGCAGGUAUUAUGACAUAAAAACAGAAAAUGGUGAUAAAGCAAGCAGUCUUAGAGCUAAUUUUAAUGAUGUCCUGGAGAAGAUGGUAGUCGAUGAUGCAGUGCAACAAAAAAUCAGUAAUCAGGCAGAUGAUUACCAUGCUAUGCGAGUAGUGGAUUGGUGGGACGCUUUUGGCAAUGAAGCUCGAGAACUCCAAAUAUUUGCAAAGCGUAUUGUUGGCCUGUGUUGUUCCUCUUCUGGAUGUGAGCGCAAUUGGAGCACCUUUGAAUUUGUGCAUAGCAAGAAGAGAAAUAGAUUGGACCAAGCUAGGUUGAAUGACUUGGUAUUUGUCAAGUAUAACAGAGCUCUUAUGAGGCGCCACAAAAUGCGGGAUGUGAUCGAUCCGAUAAUAUUGACAACCAUAGAUGAUUGUAACGAGUGGUUGCUAGGUGAGGAAUGCUCAGAGGAGACCAUUAAUGAAAUACCCGUCCGUGAUGUAUCUAGAGCAUCUGGAGCUGAAGAGCCGAUCUACUAUACCCGAAGGCAAGGAAAGAAUGGUUCAAGUGCUUCCACAGAUGCUACUCCACAAACACAUUCGAAAAGACCUCUCAACACGCGGCAACUUAUUGAUGAGGAUGAUGAUGAUGUUGAGGAUGAAGAUUAUGGAGAAGAAUGUGAACUCGUUGGUGCAAGCAGUACACCAAAUGAUGAUGCUUUGGUUUUGAGUGAGGAGGAAUGGGAAGAUUAUGAUUAAGUUUUCUAGAUUACUACUAUAUUUUCUAAUGUUUUAUGCCUAAUAACUUUAUAAUGUUUGU